GUAUGCCCCGCCCUUUUAGUGUUUCCUACAACGGUCGGCGCUCGCGGUGCGAGUUUACCUCACACAACGAACUGCUGAAGGACCAUUUGCGGCAAUAUAACCUUAAUAUAAACUCAGGAAUACUACCAGCAGUGUGAAAGUUUUGUACAUAGGAGAUUUUUUUAAGUAACUGUCGUGUGUUUGUGUUGGGCGGAUUCUCGUCUCGUUUCCUGGCUUUAAGCCGGCUAAUCUCCAGCGAGCGACAAAAUGGCUGAAUCGGACAAAUUAAACAUCGACUCGAUCAUUCAGCGCCUCUUGGAGGUGAAGGGCUCCAGGCCUGGGAAAAACGUUCAGUUAACGGAGAACGAAAUCCGAGGAUUGUGUCUGAAAUCUCGGGAAAUCUUCCUCAGUCAGCCGAUAUUGCUGGAGCUGGAGGCGCCACUCAAGAUCUGCGGCGAUGUUCAUGGUCAGUACUACGACUUACUCAGGCUCUUUGAGUAUGGAGGAUAUCCUCCAGAGAGUAACUACCUGUUCCUGGGAGAUUAUGUAGACAGAGGCAAACAGUCGCUGGAGACCAUCUGCUUGCUGCUCGCCUACAAGGUCAAAUAUCCAGAGAACUUCUUUCUUCUCAGAGGAAACCAUGAAUGUGCCUCCAUCAACCGGAUAUAUGGGUUUUAUGAUGAAUGUAAAAGGCGUUAUAACAUCAAGCUUUGGAAGACAUUCACAGACUGUUUCAACUGUUUACCAGUAGCUGCUAUUGUGGAUGAAAAGAUUUUUUGCUGUCAUGGAGGUCUUUCUCCAGACCUGCAGUCUAUGGAGCAGAUCCGUCGUGUGAUGAGGCCCACAGAUGUUCCUGAUCAGGGUUUGCUCUGUGAUCUGCUCUGGGCUGAUCCAGAUAAAGACGUCAUGGGCUGGGGAGAGAAUGAUCGUGGUGUCUCGUUCACCUUUGGCUCUGAUGUAGUGGCCAAAUUCCUCCACAAACAUGACAUGGACCUCAUAUGCAGGGCCCACCAGGUGGUGGAGGAUGGCUACGAGUUCUUCGCUAAGAGGCAGUUAGUCACACUUUUCUCAGCUCCAAACUACUGCGGGGAGUUUGACAACGCAGGUGCUAUGAUGAGCGUAGACGAAACCCUCAUGUGCUCAUUUCAGAUUCUGAAACCGGCUGAGAAGAAGAUGCUGUCCUACAGUGGUGCGGGUGGAUUUGGUUCCGGCAGACCCGUGACCCCACCACGAAAUGCAGCCAAGGGCGGCAAAGCCAAGAAAUAACAUCAACUACUGCAACACGCAUAUCCAUCCUGUCCUUCACUCUACCUCUCCUCUUCCUCCUCCUCCACCCCAAACACCAAAUCAGUGCAGGGCUUUUUUAGAGCUGUCUCCAUCCAGAUGAGAUUGCUGUAUGUGUGGAAGACUGAAAUGCCCUUGUGGAGUGUGUUGGUCUGUAUGUGAAACAUCUAAAAGUGUGUGUUGAUCGAAAAUGGUCUCAUUGUGGUGCGAGUUUGUGUGAGAAUGUAUUUUUUAUUUUUUUUUUUCCUAGUAAUUGCGCAUAUUUUGCUGCAUUUUUAGAGGUUCUGAUUGUUUUUCUUUCGAAUACAUCUUCAGCCAUAACUUGAUAACCCUUCUUGGGAUGUUUAUUGGACCCAAGUGACGCACUUCUCUUCAGAUGAAGCCUCAGGGUCCGGCUUUUUGUCCCGCUGUGGGGACAGGCUGCUCCAUUCCCUUUUAGCUCUAAAGCAAUCUGAACGGAGAUGAUAGUGUCCUUGAAUAGUGUAAAUCACUGCCACUCUCUUUAAUGUGAAACUUUGUCUGAGUGCGUGUUUGUUUACAGUUGUUACUGACGGCACCCUGCACAUUUUGGCAGAUACCACAUAUUUUGGCACAUCCUUUCCUUGAGCAAUCUCUGCCCACUCUUAGGUGAAUUAUACUGGCCUGUUUAAAUGCUCUGUUUGUUUUGGCCUUUUUUUUUUUUCUUUUUUUUUUGCUAGUACGAAUGUCAGUUUGUAGCUUUUUAUUUGUAGAUUAAAAUCAUGGGUGCAUGUGCGAUUUAGGAGUGUGAAUGUCUGUAAAGUGGGUGCCAUCGCUAUUACAGCUUGCGCAGAAAUCUAUUGCGUUCUUUUUCUUUCUUUCCUCACAGAUGUCUGAGUGAUUUUGGCCACUUUGCAAAUUGCAAACUCACUUUGUCCAGUUAAAGGACAUUUUGGAGAUUUUGUUUCUUUUUGUAGUCUUAUGAAUUCAGCCAAUAAAGUGAGAAUCUGG